UCUUAGCUCUCCCCAGCUCCUCCCCACUCACAAAGCUCGGAGCUUUUUACCUUACUUGAGUUAGCUCUCGCAGUCGCGAAAAGCAGGAGCGGAAAAUGCAGGCAAAGGAGGAAGAUGUGAGCUUGGGAGUUAACAAGUUCCCGGAGAGGCAAGCAAUAGGAACGGCGGCACAGUCGGAUGAGAAAGACUACAAAGAGCCGCCGCCGGCGCCUCUUUUCGAGCCAGGAGAGCUCAAGUCUUGGUCUUUCUACAGAGCCGGGAUCGCCGAGUUCGUUGCGACUUUCCUCUUUCUUUAUAUAACCAUUCUCACUGUGAUGGGAGUGGCUGGUUCGAAGAGCAAGUGCAGCUCUGUGGGAAUUCAGGGUAUUGCUUGGGCUUUUGGUGGAAUGAUCUUUGCUCUGGUCUACUGCACCGCCGGGAUUUCAGGUGGGCACAUAAACCCUGCAGUAACCUUUGGGCUUUUUCUAGCAAGGAAGCUAUCCCUCACAAGAGCCCUCUUCUACAUGGUGAUGCAGUGCCUGGGUGCCAUCUGCGGCGCCGGCGUCGUGAAAGGCUUCAAAAAGAACCUCUACAUGGCGAACAAUGGUGGAACAAAUUCUGUGAGCCCAGGCUACACCAAGGGUGAUGGCCUUGGCGCUGAGAUCAUCGGCACCUUUGUGCUAGUUUACACUGUCUUCUCUGCCACUGAUGCCAAGAGGAGUGCCAGGGACUCUCAUGUUCCAAUCUUAGCUCCACUUCCAAUUGGGUUUGCUGUUUUUCUAGUUCAUUUGGCUACUAUUCCCAUCACUGGCACUGGCAUCAACCCAGCCAGGAGUCUUGGAGCUGCCAUUAUCUACAAUAGAGAUCAUGCUUGGGAUGACCAAUGGAUCUUUUGGGUUGGACCUUUCAUUGGAGCUGCUCUUGCUGCUAUCUACCACCAGAUUGUUAUCAGAGCUAUCCCUUUUAAAAGCAGGCCUUGAGCUCUGAACUGUGUGCUUCCUGUGAAUUCAAAGUUCUGGCCUUGGAUGCUUCCCAUUCUCCUGUUUGGCUGCUUCUGUUUUUUCUUUAUGAGGUUUUGUUUGGAACGACUUUUUUACUGUUUUUUAAAGCAGUUUUGUUAGUACAAAAUUUUUAAUUUUUUACUA